CUUCAGCCUUCUCAUAACGGAGCCUCAACAGCAUAGAGGGGGAAAAACUCUCACCAAGACUGCGCCAGAAUGGACACCUACGGCACAGGCAAAGGCGGCGUGGGAAACAAUGUGUGCGUCGUGGGCACGGGCGUAACGGGCCUGCUGGCGGUGAAAAAUCUCGUCGAGCAGGGCCUGAACGUGAGAGCCCUGGAGCAGAAUGAAUAUCUCGGAGGCAAUUGGCACCAUUCGGUGGAUGCGCAGCAAGUUUCAGCACUGCCAGAGACGAGGGUAAACAUGUCGAAAGAGACGAAUUCUUUUACAGAUUUCCCGAUGCCCGAUGAUUAUCCGUCAUUCCCUUCCGCGCAGCAGAUCGGCGACUACCUCGAGGCAUAUGCGGACAAGUUCGAGCUGAUCAAGCACAUCGAGCUUUCGACAGCCGUGACGAGCAUCCGACGAGACGAAGAAGACGGCGUCUGGAUCGUAUCCACCAGGCACACAAGAACCGGCGAGGAAGAGGAGCGAGAGUAUGACAGAGUCGUCCUGGCGACAGGCGGCUUGAGCGUCAUGAACAUGCCCGAGAUCAAAGGCAUCGAGAAGUUCGCCGGGGACGCCAUCCACUCUCGCGACUUCAAAGACCCGACAAGAUACACCGGGAAGAACGUCUUGGUUGUCGGCCUGGGCUCUACUGGAGCCGACACGCUGAGCUUCUUGAAACAGGCCGGUGCAAACAAGCUGUAUCUCAGCAGCAGGAGCCGAUGUUCUCUGAUCCCCAGAACAAUCGGAGGAAAGCCGUGGGACCAUUACAUGACCCGUCGCACCGACUCAAUGAUACGGUUCUGCAUGCGACUGUCUCCCCAUGCUACGAAUUACUUUGCGGGCAAAGCCAUCGGCCUCGCACAAAGCUACACCUUUCCAACCUUGAGGUCACAUCCCUGCUUCAGCGGUUCUGUCAGCGGCCCGCUGUAUCGCAGUCCAUUUGUGUGCGAUGAACUGCCUGGUUUAUUAGACAGUGGCGAUGUCAAGAUUUAUCCCGGCAUCAUGGGUGUUGCUGGUCCCCGGACCGUUGUGUUCAAGGACGGCAGCGAGAUCACAGACGUUGACGCCAUCAUCUUUUGCUGCGGCUACUAUCACGAUUUGUCCCUCAUCAAAGGCGAGGGCCAUCCUGCCGAUGUUGAGUUCUCGAUGGACUCUUUUGAGGGUCUUAAAGGUGCGAAGCACCACAACAAGGAGAGCGAAUAUCAAAGACUCUACCACGGCAUCCUGUCAGAACGAUAUCCCGAGUCACUGGCAGUGCUGGGUAACCUGACGACUUUGCGGCCUACGUUUGUGCUCUACGACCUCGCCACUAUGGCACUUGCCAGUAUGUGGUCUGGGAGCUACCCACUCCCUACGCCACGGGCAAUGAAGAGGGAGAUUGAUUCUCAUUAUAAUUUCGUGGUGCGAGCGCUCGAACGUGGCCCGAUGGCAUACCUUGGUCUCCGUAUAGACUUUCGAGGCACUUAUACCUGGCUCAAUGCUGCGGCUGGAACCGGUAUUAUGGAACGACUCGAGGGAUGGGGCUGGGAAGCAUGGAAGUUUUGGUGGAAGAACCGGACACUGUACAAGUUUAUCAUGGACGGACCAAACGUCUCGGCAGUGUAUAGGCUUUUUGACAUGGGCAGAGGGAGAAAGCCGUGGGCCGGAGCUCAGGCAGCCAUCGAAAAGGCCAAUGAAGUGCGGGUCAAGAGGGUUGAGAAACUUGAGGCACCCAAGGUGAUUGAGGUACCCAAGUCUGCUGAAGUGGUCGAAGUGGUCGAAGUGGAUGAGAUUGAGGAGAUUGAGGAGAUUGAGGAAGUUGGGGAAGUUGAAGAGGUCGAGACUGAGUGAUUUGACUCUGUCAUCUGUCAAAAUUGGCCAAGUGAAAUGAAACUAUGAAUUCGGAGGGGGCGACGGCAAAAUGACAACACGCAACGAUGAAUGAGCACCGGGGGACAAAGCAGAACUGCAUAGGCAAAGCAGACAGGGACAAAGAUGCGUCGGGGCCCGACGACAGGACACUUGGACGAACAGCUCGCUCAAAGCGAACGAAAUGAUAAUGACAUAGAGAUAAUGAUAAUGAGACAUGAACACACUUACUGUACGAU